AUUUUGUGUUUGUGAGUAAACACAAAUAAAAUAAAACUGUGUGUGAUUUUGUUUUAUUGAUUUAUUGUGUGAUUUUGACAGACGAGGAGUGGAAACCAGCAAUCAAAUAAAUCCAGCAACCGUUAACUGAAGAAUAGGAACAAAACAGAACAAACAGAAAAUUACAUCGAUAACUUGAUGAUGGUACAUUGCUUAUGGUUUCAAAUUCCAGCGAAUUAACGCAAGUCAAUUGAUUUGAUCUAAUAAACAAAACGUGUGCGCACAGCUGUUUUCUGUUUCUGGCGCCCAAUCAAAAUUUUAUUGAGAGUGAGUUUUGCAAGAAUCGAGAGACAUGAGGGAGGACUCGCUCAAGUAUAUGUUUUCUGGAACGUUUCCGCAGGUGCUGGCGGUAUUAACAUGUACAGUUAGUGCAAUCUCCGAUGGUAUGCAAUACGGAUGGUCCGCCCCUGUAAUUCCAGUACUAAAACACCCAGACAGCCCUGUAAAAAUCUCCGAAAGUGAUGAAGAAUGGCUGGAAUCCGUUUACAUGCUAGGCGGAAUAGCCGGUUUACCCGUCACCAUAGUGCUAGUAGACAGAAUAGGACGAAAAAACUCGAUGAUAUGCUCUGCGAUGGCGAGCUUGAUUGGUUGGAUUCUUAUUGGUGUGGGUAACACGGUGGAGUACCUCUUUGUAGCGAGGUUUUUGACUGGAUUAGCUGGGGAUGUGGCUUUUGUGGCUGCCCCGAUGUAUAUUGCUGAAAUUGCUGAUAAAAAAAUUAGGGGUUUUUUGGCUGGCGUUAUUUACCUUAUGAUGCUUGUGGGCAUUUUAGUUAUAUAUUCUGUUGCACCAUUUGUACCUAUAUACGUCUCCUCCAUAGUUGGGGGUAUCAUACUCUGUCUACAACUUUGUGCAUUUCCAUACAUCCCUAAAUCACCCUAUUAUCUUCUCUCGAAAGGAAAAUACGAUAAAGCGAAAGAAUCACUACGUAAACUACGUACGAACAAAGACAUUGAUAAGGAGUUUGAAGAGAUAUAUUCUGCAGUAAACCGACAAAAAACCGAAAAAGGACGCCCACAAGACUUAAUCCUUAUCAAAAGCAAUCGCAAAGCCUUAAUAAUAAUGACCGUUCUAAACGCAGCCCAACAUUUUAGCAGCAUCAGCGUAAUUCUAAUGAAUCUCCACGACAUCUUAGAACGAGCUGGCUCCGCGUUUAUGUCACCCACUACAAGUGGUAUAGUAUUCGCAGCUGUGAUGCUGAUAGCUGCGACUGCAGCUGACUUUUUCGUUGACAAGUUUGGAAGAAAAAUACUGCUCACCACCUCAAGUUUAUUCACAGGUUUAUGUUUACUAGUCAUAGCGAUAUAUUUCACUUUACAAAAGAUGGAGUACGAUGUCUCAAAUGUCUCCUGGAUACCCAUAGCUGCGGUUAUGGUAUACGCAGCUGUUUUUAAGUAUGGUUUAGGAAUGGUUCCGAUUGUUAUGACAGCUGAAUUAUUCCCAACAAAAGUGAAAGCUAUGGGGAUGACAAUCUCAGAUGCAAUGUACCUUUUAUUUGCUCUUAUUUCCAUAGAACUUUAUCAGAGUUUAAGCUCCCGGUUUGGUAUUGAUGUACCUUUUUAUAUAUUCGCAGCUUCAUGCUUAUUUACAGCUGCGUUCAGCAUGUUAUAUAUACCAGAAACUAAAGGUAAAACAUUAGAGGAAAUACAGUUUAUUCUAAAAGGAGAGCCUUUUCCACAGGGAGAGGUUCCUGUAAACACAGAGCAAAAUAGAAAUAAGUUAAGCAGUCCUUUGGAAGCUGAAUUCACGUCAACGCACCUUUAGUAUAUUAUUAAUUUUAGUAAACUCGAAUCAAACUGCCUUUAUUAUAAAAGACACUUUUUGAGCAUUUCAUAGUUUUCUACUUAUUGUUUUAUCCAGUACCACCUGAUUUUGUAUUUAUUUAGUUUAUUUCAUCAAAUUGUUAUAGUAUUACACUGGAGGUAUUGGAUAAACACUUUUUAAAGAAACUUCCUGUACUUACGUGAUAUAAACUUUUUAUCAAAUAGAGAAUGAAAGAAGGAACGUUGAAAGAAUAGGGUUGAUGUAAUGUUAACGACAGUGAUAUUUGCCUUUGCGGUUGAGUAAAGCUAAGCUUUAUUCAACACAUAAACCUAAUCAAAACGACUGUGACCUGAAGUGAUCUUUUAAAGCAAUUUUUAGUAUAAUAUUGCAUUUUCAUAGUAUUUUUAAAA